AUGGAUCCACGCAUGGAUACAGGCAUAGCUGUAGAGCAAACAUUUACUCAAUUUGACAUUCAAAAACGUCUUACAGCUGAACAAGUGUUAGGGAUUAUGGAUCGAUUAGUUACUUGUGAAAUGGCCUGGAUCUCUGGUCAUUCAUUAGCACAAACAGUUUAUACGUGUAUUUAUUUUCAUCAUACUGAAACUCUUAAUAAGCUUCAUAUGCCCAAGUUGACAUCAAAGGUAGAAGAUAUUAUCUAUGGAGUCUUGAGAACAUAUAUUCUUGCCACUGUUAAAUGCUGUCAGUAUAUUUGGACCGAGAUGACACAGGGCAAUGUAUAUGAGGAAGAAGAUUUUACAAGCAAUUUGUUUGGAUUGAACUUUAAUGAUCAAAAUCCAGAUGUUAUUAUUUUUAAUGAUUUAGAUACUUCACUCAUGUUAUUAAAACAUGUAUUAACUACGGAAUUAUCAGAUGAAUAUAAAAAUACUAUAAGAGCCAUUCUAAAUCGUGUAGAAAUUUGUAAAUCAUUCUUGUUAUCACUUACAUAUUUAUCAAUGCCAGAAGGAAGUCAUUUGAUGCAAGCUAAAAAUGAAUUAAGCAAGAUGAUUAAAUUGUUAGAUCAAGUUGAUUUAUCACUUGGACAAGAAUACCCUGAAGCAUUCGAUCCCAACAUUAAUCGUAAAUUAACCUCACAAACACCUCCUCGACCCAUUGAAUUAGCAUCCGAUGCAGAGUCUUUGAAGGAAUAUGGAUUAUUAAUAAAAAGAUUAUUAUCUAUUUGUUCUGUCAUUGAAUUCCCUUCAGUUACUUCAUUAAUGGUAAAAAAGAAAAAAAAAAUUCAGGUCUUUUUAUUUAAUAACACAUUUAUUAGAAUUAUUUUUUAA